AUGAGUUUCAGAGACGACGCCGUGGAGGAUGGGGCCCGCAAGCCCUUGCUCCACAAAGGAAGCUGGUACCGAAAGGGAUCGAGGCAGGGCAGCAUGUUGGGCUCUACGGCCCAAUUAGUUCGAGACUCCAUUUCCGUUUAUCUCUGCGUCCUCAUCGCCGCUCUCGGCCCAAUUCAAUUCGGCUUCACGUGUGGCUAUUCCAAUCCCACGCAAGAUGAAAUCAUCCAUGAUCUUAAACUCACCAUUUCAGAGUUCUCUAUGUUCGGAUCCUUAGCAAAUGUGGGUGCCAUGGUCGGGGCAAUAGCUAGCGGUCAGAUGUCAGAUUACAUUGGACGAAAAGGGUCACUGACGAUUGCUUCAAUUCCUAAUAUAUUAGGAUGGGCUGCCAUUUCAUUCGCCAGAGAUGCAUCCUUUCUAUAUAUGGGAAGGUUACUGGAAGGUUUUGGUGUGGGGAUUAUUUCUUAUGUGGUGCCUGUCUAUAUUGCAGAGAUAGCACCCCAGAACAUUAGAGGACUUCUUGUAGCCAUUGCCCAGCUCUUUCUAACAGUUGGAAUAAUGCUUGUAUAUCUAUUGGGACUUUUUGUGCCUUGGAGAGUGCUUGCAGUUAUAGGGAUGAUACCAUGCACAGUAUUGAUACCUGGUCUGUUUUUCAUACCGGAAUCUCCUCGUUGGUUGGCCAAAAUGGGGAAGAAUACUGAUUUUGAAACCUCAUUGCAAGUUCUACGAGGAUUUGAUACAGACAUAUCCUCUGAAGUGAAUGAUAUCAAGAAAUCCGUGGCAUCAGCCAGCAAAAGCUCGAGUACUGUUCGAUUUUCUGAGCUUAAGAAAAGGCGAUAUUCUUUACCUUUGAUGAUAGGCAUUGGAUUACUCACACUCCAGCAACUCAGUGGAAUCAAUGGUGUCCUAUUCUAUUCUAGUAAAAUCUUUGCAUCUGCUGGAGUUUCAUCCAGUAAAGCUGCAACAUUUGCGCUUGGGGCUAUUCAGGUCAUUGUCACUGUGAUUGCUACAACAUUGAUGGAAAGGGCAGGCCGUCGGCUGCUACUACUUAUAUCUGCACCAACAAUGGCUGCUGGCAGCAUCCUUGUUUCAGCUGCCUUCUUUUUGAAGGAUUUCUGUCCAGAGCAUUUGCACCAUUACCUUGGAGUAAUGUCAAUGGUUGGAAUACUGAUUUUGGUGAUUGGUUUUGCGCUCGGAUUGGGUGGAGUCCCCUGGAUUAUAAUGUCUGAGAUACUACCCGUGAACGUUAAAAGUCUGGGUGGCAGUGUGGCAACACUGUCCAACUGGUUGGCGGCCUGGAUUGUUACAAUGACUGCCAACUUGCUAAUGGAUUGGAGCAAAGGAGGAACAUUUGCCCUUUACGCUCUAGUGUCUGUUUUCACAGUGGUGUUUGUAAAACUCUGGGUUCCCGAGACCAAAGGAAAGACGCUAGAAGAAAUUCAAGCGUCUUUCAGAUGAUUGAUGGGCUCAG